UAGAGAGCUCAGAAAAUUCUUUCUGUCAUUUCGAACAACAUUAAAACGUGUGAUGCUUCAUCUGUUCAUUUGAUAAUCAGCCAGCAGUUGAGCCAGGAAACUCAACUAUGAAGGAUCCAUACUAAAGAGGAUCUGAAACUACAAUACUGGAUUUGGAACUGGAAGAACAUCAGAUCAUGGAGAAUGGCAAAAUAGAGGGUACAGGUGACAACACUGAUGCCAUAGACCUUCUUCAGUUUCAGGCAAUGUGGUUGGAGUUAAAUAAAGGAGUUGAACACAUGGCUGGUGAUGUUGCCACUCUACGACAAUGCUACAGCCGAUUGGAGGAUAAAUUCUCCACCUAUCAGCAAGAAACCAGUGACAAGAUCCUGUCUUUCAGAAACACACUUAACACCUUACAGGAAGACAUAAGUACUGCUCUAGUGCAGCUAUCUGAAGCCAGGAGCAACCAAAAAGACCUACAAAGAGACCUGGACCUCAUGCAGAGCAAACAACACAGCAGGAAAGAGUCGAGGGGGGAGGGGUCAGUGGAUGGUCAUGCUUCUCUGUCCAGCCAAACAGCACUCAGUCUCAUUCAACAUUACAUCAGCAGCCUGUCGGCCAAUCAGAAUUCUCAUCCUGAGCAUGACAGUGCUGGCCAAAAAAAGUCCCCGGUGUGGAGAGAAAGAAAAAACAGCCAAGAUCUGAAAGAGCUGAACAACUCAACUCAAAGGCAGACAGCAGCACUGGAGCUGUUGGAAUCUGAGAGAGUCUAUGUGUCAUAUCUCUCACUCCUUUUAAAGGCCAACAUCACUUUUAAUGGCUCAGAGAAUGUAAACCUCCACGACAAACGGCUUUUCCCUCCUUCUCUGCGUUUCUUGAUUCAACAGCACCUGGAGCUCCUGCACCUCCUCCAGGAGAGAGUUUUGAAGAGCCAAUGGCACGGCAUAAUGGGAGAUGUAUUUCUAAGGCUCACCAGCAAAGAAAGUGAUUUUCUGGAUCACUAUGUAUCAUAUUUAAGGGAGCUGCCUGAAUGUUUGUCUGUUGUCAGUAAGAUCUCUUCUACAAAAUCUGACAGCUUACUGGAGAGUGACAUCACAGGAGAUGAGACACGCCCAUCUUUGCACUCUCUGCUUCUACAGCCUGUUCAGCGUAUACCAGAAUACAAUACACUCCUGCAGAAUCUGUUGCAUCAGACAGAAUCAGACCAUCCCGAUUAUUACCUGUUACUGGUGUGUGCGCAACAACUCCGAUCUUUCUCAACCCAGUACAGCCAUCUGCUUCAGCACAACCAGGAACUUCUAACACACACGCAUAACCUGCGAGAACACACACAUAACCUGUGCGCACACCAACAGGAGCGGCCAUCGCACACCCAUAAAGAGCUCAGCAGGUCUACAGUAAGGCAGUUGUAUAAAGUAGAUUACCAGAAAAAUUACAGUAACACCAAUGCACAAAAUGUUCCUCAAGGUUUGCGUCGUAGCAAACGCUACCCUGACAAUGAAGUGGCGCCCUAUAACUACAAUCCAGAAAUCCCAUCACCUGUCUCCUUUUUAUCAGAUUCUGAUUCUCGCCACAAAACACUGGCCGUUCCUCUGCGCAGCAUUCCAGAGACAGAGGGAGCCGGAUCGGCCUUUACGGAUGCCCUCAGAGCACUCUUUCCAUAUGGAGGCGGAGACUCACGCUGCUCAAGUCCGUCCCAUUCUUCUGACUCCAGCAUUGAUAUCGCUUUUGUGCGCUGUAGUCCUUCCCAUAGUCCACUUCACCAAUCCCACAGUAGGGGACGGAGUAGUGGGGGUGUGGUUUAUAGGUCCAACCGGGGUUGUGUGUCACCUGAUCCAGCAGACAUUGUGAGGCCACGCCCUCUGCAGGCGGUGCAGAGAAAGAGCAAAUCCCUGAAUGGCCUGCAGAUGGACAGUAUUGAUAGCCACACCCAACAGGCAAAAAUUCCUGGUCAUCCAAGACUGGAGCGACAGUCGAGUGCAAAAUCAAAACAGAGGUCCAGCAGUCCAAAACACAGAUAUGAGACACACACUGACACAGAGGAGCAGCCACGACUAAUCCAACACAAGGAUCCCAGAAGCCUAGUGUGGGAGGAGUUAAAACUCAGAGCUGUGUCUGAUGACUAUGACCACAUCCCCUUGAGUGAACGUGGUAGGAAAGAGGGAAAAGGAUUUAGGAGUUCCUUUAAAAAGCUUUUUAAGAAGAAGUCUGGUGGGGAUGGAAAAGAGAGGGCAACAUUGAAAGCUGAGAGUCAAAGCAGUGGAGACCUGGAAUCAAACAGAGCCCCUCACACAGGAGACAUUGACAAAGGAACUGCUGUUUAAACAAUUGCACAAACACACAGAAGAGAAAUAAAUGAGCAUGCAUUGCUUCAUAGCGGCACUCAUAGUGGCUGCAGCAAAUCAUUUUCUAACAUAAUACACACAAAAUGUAUCAUGCAAUAUAGAAAAAAAAUAACAAUUUAGAGAAUCUAUUUAAUAUGGAUCUACAGCACACACAUAACCGUUCAUGCAAAUAUACAUAACACUCCCACUUAAACAUACAGGAACACUUGUACAAUUCAUGCUGGGCCACACACAAAUGAUGACAGAAAUCAUCAUCAAAGUGAGUUUUCAGUGUGUAAAUA